AUGAUAUAUUUUGACGAUGUACCAAUGAAAGAAUAUUUCACAAAUAUCUUUUCUUUUAAUUCCGAUCAUGCUAAAGACAAUCCAAAAUUCCAAUGUCUAUUAGGAAACUGCCAUGUUGUGACUGCUUCAAAAAUUCUGCUAAUUUUUGAGGUCUUCGUGAUCACACCUCUCUACAUGCUUUUUCUCUUUCCAUGGUGGUUUAUAUGGAUUGGAGCACAUUUCGCAUUAAUUCUAAUCACAUUGUACGCGUUGCGUAAACAGAAACACAGAUUCAUGUAUCCCAUGGUAUUGACAGCGGCCUUCCACUUCCUUCUCUGGGGCUUUAUUUCAGAGCUUCAGCUAAUGGUAGCAAUAUUCGAUACCCAAGCGUUUUUGCGAUUUUACCAACAGGACUAUCACGAAGAUUUCUUCGUCAAAGUCGCUGUGAUGGUCAUCGUGAAGGCGAUCAUCCUUCUAAUAACCGCUCUUCUGUUCUGGCGUUUUGCAAUUUUCAACUCUACCAAAAACUACUUCGCUUCUAAAUUGGAGGGAGAAGUCACGACCACCGAGGAAAGCAAAAGCACCACACGAAAGCUUCUUCAACCAGUCUAA